CAAAUUCAUAAAUUGGCAAACGAGAUAUUUCAACACUGCGGGGCUUCAUAAACCGUUAGUGAGAGAUUUCCCUGUUCCACGGGAGUCACAUCUUAUCCAGAAUAUCGUCACGUGUGGGACAGUUGAAGGAGAAAGCAUGGCUGGGCCCAGGAUGUUCAACUCCACCACCCCCUUCAAGGAGCUGAAGGGGGGUCCAGCUGUGGAGUUUCCCUUCCAGGGGAAGAAGAUGUGCUCUGAGAUAAAGGAGGUCGGAGAGGAUUUACUGUUCGCUGAGAUCCACCCCUCGCUGAAGGUGCUGCUGACACGGGGCACUGCCAAGCAAGUGGGGGACGAAGAGCAGGGGGCAAAGGAGCUUUUCUGCAUCUCCAUCAUCGCCCAGCCUGAGAGUGAAGGACCUCUGGAGUUCAGCCCCACAAGCACAGAACACACUUACAUUAGAUCACACUUGAUUAACAAGGACAGGCCCUUUAGAGAACACAGCCUGGAAAGUGACUACUUGGCUCAGUUUGCGACGCAACUGGAGAACCAUGUGGGACCCCUGGCUCCCCAGCCCCAUCGCUCCCCGAGCAAACGGAGGAAGAGACAGCGUCGGAAAAGGCGGAGGGAACAUGUGGAGGAGUGUGAACAAGGAACGUCAUCAGGAGUGCCUGAGCAGGAGAGCAGCAGCUCUAUUAGCCAGCCUCACCCAUAUACAACAGAAUGCUCCACAAGUCCAGACCAGGAAGAUUUCCUCAUCAGCUGCUAUGACCAUGGAAGGUUCCAGAGGUCAGCUGUGCAAGAGACGGAGGGACCUGGACUGGAGUUAAUCCAGCGUGCCUGUCCUGCAUUACCUGCUGGUUUUCUGCCACACGACAUCCACCCGUGGGAUGCUAUGAGCAUCCAGGACAACUGGGCAAACUCUUUGGUCAGCAGCCUGGGUGAGUAUGAUAUAGCACUGAAGGCCCUGCAGAACACUGUGAGCCAGGAGGACCGCUGCUUCUUGGUCCCAUUCUUCAAGGCUUUGGAGAGAGAAACUGCAGAGGAAUCCCUUGAUGCAUGCAACGCAGAUAUAAAUGAGGGCUUCUUAUUCCACCCUGAGGAGCAACUCAAGCCCAAGAAUUAUGAGUUCAGGGAAGGAAGAGACUUCUCCCUGAUUAGCCACAUCCAGAGUGGCUCGUAUGGGGAUGUUUAUAGCGUGCAGGACAACAGUACCGGAUUCAAGUGUGCCGCCAAGAAGAUACCAUUGAACAACUUCAAAAGUGAGGAGGUGGGCUCGUGGAGUGUCCUGAAAUCUCCCCGUGUAGUGGAGCUAUUUGGGGCAGUGAGAGAGGGCCCAAACAUUAUCCUCUUCAUGGAUCUCAAGCCAAGUUCUCUAGGGCAGUUGCUAAGGGACAGAGGCCGACUGCCAGAGGAUCUUGCCCUUCAUUACCAUUCUCAGGUCCUGGAGGCCCUGCAGCACAUUCACAAGCAGCAGGUCCUGCACCUGGAUGUUAAAGUUGACAAUGUGCUUCUCUCGGAGGAUGGGAAGGACAUCUUUCUUUGUGAUUUUGGCCACUCGGAAAGGCUGGGACCCAAUGGAGAGAGCAAUAAAGCCAACCAUGGACAGAGCUUCCGGGGCACAGAGACACACAUGGCCCCUGAGGUGGUGAAAGGAGAACCUCGUUGUGCCAAGGCGGAUGUCUGGAGCAGCUGCUGCAUGCUACUGCACAUGCUCAAUGGCUGCCAUCCCUGGACCCGCUACUACUCCCACCCACUGUGCCUCAAGAUUGCAAACGAGCCCCCCCCUCUAAGGGAGAUUCCAGCCAGCUGUAAGCCAUACACCAUUGAUGUAUUCAAAGCUGGAUUACAAAAAGAGCCAAUGAAAAGGGCAUCAGCUGCAGAGCUUUUGGAGAAAGUCACCAAAGCCUUGAGAAAAUUGGGUGGACUCAGAAGCCCCAUCACAGGAGCCUACCAUGAGCCAGCAAGUAUAGAGCAUGGGUCAUCCAGAAGCUCCAGGUCAAUGUCUCCUCUCAGACGGGUGUUCUCCCUGGAGACAAGUUCAGAGCGAAUCAAAGAGUGGGUGAGUCCCUGGAGGGAGACUGCCCAGAAGGAGGAAGAAGAGUCUGAAGAGGAAGACGAAGAGGAGUUGGAAUCUGAGGAAGAUGAUGACAGAGGGUGGGAGUCCUCAGAUUGCAUUUCUGCGGAGGGCAGCCUCCGCAUCCCAGCAUGUGACUCUGGACCCUGGCGAUGGGAGCAGGUGGACAGCACCUAUACAGUGUCAGAGCAGGAACUGCAGAAACUUAGCCGAGACUUGAUCCUGGGUAGCCUAUCUCAGCCACACCCCCCAGAACUACAGGAGCAGUUGUUGUCCAGCUUGAGCAGUGACUGUACCUCUCAGAGGGACCCUGGAGAGAAGGAUUCAGGCUGGUGGUCGGUCAGCAUGGGAGAUGAUCUAAGUUCUGGUGUCUACUCAUCCUACAGUAGUCAAACUGAAGGACAGAGCUUCAAUGUUGGCUGGCUGGGCUCCUCACCUCAGCCAUCCGCACGGUGCUUUGAAGGAGUGGAUGUAUGUAUAGAGAACUUCAAUGGGCAGUGUCUUUGUAUUCGGGAGAGCCCCAAGGUGACCGUGGGACACGUCGCCACAGGAAUAAGUGAACAAAUCUCUGAGAGGGCUUUCAGCUUGGUGACACUGGAUGGCCGGUUAGUGCCCCAUGACCAGGUUUUGCCUAAAACGGGCUUACAGAUGCGCUGUGUCCAUGCGCCCAGAAGCAGUACUGCCUGGACCUGGAGGGUCUGUGAGGGAAUGCUGGAUACACGGGAGUGAACCCACCAUCCAGUCACACUCUCCCAUUUACGUCUACAGUACACCUCUGCCUUCAUCAUGAGCCACUGUUUAACCUUUUACCAUGGAUUCUUAUCACUUUCCGCUUUCAGUGAAUUCAAAUGUAGCACUCUAAUGUGUCAACUACACAGAGCAUUUUGAAAAUUGCUUUUUAUAAGAAAAAAGAAAAAUUGAGCACUGUGUCACCUUGACCAAGCAGACUUUGGAAAACAAAGAUGAAAUUGUUUUGACCUUUGCACUUUUGCCACUAUGGACACAAAAACUAGCCACUGUGUUAAAGCUCUGUGUCCCGUUCCAGUUCUUUCAGAAUUUUUCACACAGCACAGGAGAUUCAUGUAAAUGUUCUGCUUUUUGGAAUGACUGUGGCUUUUUUUACAAUGGUAUUUGUGCCAUUAAUGUCUUCUACUUUUCCAAGCACACAGGCAUUAUAUGAGACUCAGUUUAUCAUAUUAGAUCUGAAGGGAUGGAUCAAACCACUUGGGGGUCAUAAGACCUUUCUAACCCUAACCCUAACCCAAAUAACCAAUUAACUUAGAGAAUUCUGAACAUGUGGUUUAUACCUCAAGCAAGAUCAUAAUAUAUAAAUGAGUGCACACCACAUCCAAAUAAGUCAAACUUAGUUUGACAAAUCUAUUUUUAAAAGUUUAUUUAAAUGUUUGGCAUUCUUGGGUUUAUGCACUGUCUGUGAGUUGCCAAGUAGAAUGUUGUAUUAAUUUUACAUUGUUAAUGGUAUAUGAAAGUAGCAUGUUACCUACCAUUAAACUGAACUAUUUUUUGUUUCAUUUUAGUUUUUUUAAUGUCAGGGAAAUACUUGUAAUUUGUGCAAUAUAUCAAUUUUUCUCUUGAAUAGCUGAUCAAUGAUGUCAUAUUGUGAUGCUAGUAACAGUGUUACCAAUGUUAAAUAUGGCAAAUAAACUGUUUGUUCAUUGA